CGCCCGCCGCCACUGCCGCCGCCGGAGCUCUGUAGUAUGGCAUCGAGGAGAAUGGAGACCAAACCUGUGAUAACCUGUCUCAAAACCCUCCUCAUCAUCUACUCCUUCGUCUUCUGGAUCACUGGGGUGAUCCUGUUGGCUGUUGGAGUCUGGGGAAAGCUGACUUUGGGAACCUAUAUCUCCCUUAUUGCUGAAAACUCCACAAAUGCUCCCUAUGUGCUCAUUGGAACCGGCACCACCAUUGUGGUUUUUGGCCUCUUUGGAUGCUUUGCUACGUGCCGUGGUAGUCCAUGGAUGCUGAAACUGUAUGCCAUGUUCCUGUCCCUGGUGUUCCUGGCUGAGCUUGUUGCUGGCAUUUCUGGAUUUGUGUUUCGUCAUGAGAUCAAGGACACCUUCCUGAGGACUUACACGGAUGCCAUGCAGAACUACAAUGGCAAUGAUGAGAGGAGCCGGGCCGUGGACCAUGUGCAGCGCAGCCUGAGCUGCUGUGGCGUGCAGAACUACACCAACUGGAGCAGCAGCCCCUACUUCCUGGAUCAUGGCAUCCCCCCCAGUUGCUGCAUGAACGAAACUGAUUGCAAUCCCCUGGACCUGCACAACCUGACUGUGGCCGCCACCAAAGUUAACCAGAAGGGCUGUUAUGAUCUGGUGACCAGUUUUAUGGAGACUAACAUGGGGAUCAUUGCUGGAGUGGCGUUUGGAAUUGCGUUCUCCCAGUUGAUUGGCAUGCUGCUGGCUUGCUGUCUGUCCCGGUUCAUCACUGCCAAUCAGUAUGAGAUGGUGUAAAGAGAAGUCUUUCAAGAACUUUGGAAUAAGAGGCCUGUUUUUAAAAAGGAACUGCCGCAAUCUCUGAAAGACUUCCAAAGAACGUUAGAGCACAGUACAUACUAUCCCUGCCCUGCUCCCACCCCCAGCUCCCCGCAAGCCCUCCCCCUACGUGCAACUGACACUCCUACCCAGUCAAAGCUCUGCCUUUCAGCCCACGUCAUAUGUAGUGUCCAUCUUGUGAAGCCCUGUUGUGCCCCACAGUGUAGCCAGGCCCCCUGCAGCUAGUCAUAGUGAAGCCCACCCUAAGGCCCUGUGAGUGCCAGCUCCCUCACAUGUACUUGGUCCAACUCUAGGUGACUGGUUAUCACAUCCUCACUGGCCCCUGUGGCCCUGCAUGUAGUAGGGAAGGCUUCAGUCAGCCCCUCACUGUGGUCCAAGAAUGCCACACACCUUUCCAUAGAUAUGCAGAUGGUAAUUAUCUUUUCUCUUGGCUUAAUCUGAUUUGGUUUGGUUUUUCCCUUUCCUGAGAUUUUUUUCCUACCUUCUUCAGGCUGUCUGUCUAGCACGUGAGAGGAGACACAUUGGGAGGGCUUCGUGAGGAGAAAACAGCAUGUGGCGGGCAUGGCAGAAAGUGCUGUUAAGCAUUAGCUGGGCUCCUUGUUCAUUGUUCCAAGAGAUGGGUGUGGAGAGACCGUUUAGUGUAGGAUCCUCUCAAAUGACGCCUGUGUAAUCCUGUUACAGGUUGUGUUGUUACUUCCCUGAUUUGCCCCCAACUACUUACUAUUAUUUCACUUUUGUUUUCCUAUAUUUUUUUCUUGCAUUGACAUUAUAGACUUUGAGGACCUCAUCAGAUCAAUUUAAAAGUGAGUGUGGAAGGGAAACGAAAGUCAACAUAUUUUUAAAAGAUCUUAAAAAUAAUGCCUCUGUCUAGCAUGCCAACAAGAAUGCAUUGAUAUUGUGAACAUUUGUGAUACAUGUAUUAAUAAAUAGAGCAAUUAAAAUGGC